UUCUGCCACAAAAUGUCGGCUGAAAACAUUUACAACAUUUCUCUACACAAUGUUUUAACAGUGCUGUUGUUCUCUAUUAUCUGUUAUAUACCUGAUUCGGCACACCUUGAAUCAUGUUCCGACUGGUCAGAGUGGUCUGAAAUUUCUCAAAUUCGAAAUGAUUUCGUUAUUGGAUACGGGGAGCUUUCAUCACUACCAGAUGGGAUAUCAGAUCCACAUCAAUGCCGUCAUUUCAACCUUGAGCCUAUUCCAGGUUUAACAAAACCGCGUGAACCAACGCGUAUAUCCGUGGCAUUGGCAGGUGGCAUGGUUUGUACCGUAGGCGUGGUAGCAUCUGUGAUUGCCACCUACUUUUACACAAGGCCUACCUAAA